GCAAUAAGUGUUAUUGACGUCGCCUUUUUUCUUACCUAUUCAAGUUGAAAGGGGCAACCCUGAUCACAGCCCGUGAAAUGCAUAGUCUCCUGAGAAUUCUUAUGUAUACUAUUGCAUAGAAUAGUAGAAUGAGUUAACAAAUUGCGAAAUUAUGCCUUACAAGCUUCGGUGCGCUUCCUUGUAACUUGCCUUAGAAGGCGAGGCUAUGUGAACUGGCGUGUGGCCCAUUUUACAAAAACAGUUUAUCCUGCGAUACCCAAAUACUGGUACUAGUUGCCUCCUUAUAAGGAGGUAGCUUUAGAAGCUGCCUGCCCGCUGCCAUGAGCGGCGUUCGGUUUUCUGGGCUUUGAGGUUGCAAUCUAUCAGAAGGGACCUUGUUUGAGUCAGUGGCGUGAAGCAGACAGGAUGUCGGGCGACUAUGGACCCUCUGCCUCGGCGCAUUCGGUGCUGCUUAUUGGCAGCACCACGGACCUUGGAGCCCUGCGCACACAUAACGUUCUCCAGGAGCGGCAGGCAAAGGUCAUCAUGGCAACGCGGAGGCUGUUGCAAUCGGAAACGAUGGUCAACAUGCUUCAGGAGGCUGGCGUGGAGCUGCCUAGCCUGGAGGACUUGGAAGUCGGCCGGCGUCGAAUCGUCGUUGGCAGGGACUGGCGUUCGGGAAUGACGAAGGGCCACGGGCCAGGCACCGACGGCGGCGGUCCAGGCCACGACCUGGAUUCGGCGGCAGCAGCUCCGGAGGAUGCAGUGACGGCGGUAUCGGCGGCACCAGGCGUGGUCGCAGCCAGUGCUGCCACGCCGCCGCGCUCCCCUAGGAAAAAGCCCCAGGAAACAAAGGGCGUCUGGCGGCGACACGUGCCGGAUUACGAAAAGAACCCGGUUGUACGGCGGCUGAAGAAGCUCAGGCAUAAAGUGCUGUACGGCAGGAUUGGCGAUAAAGCUUACGCCAGGUACCGUGCCACGCUGCGCGCCAACAUCACCUGGCGAGACAUCCUGCGCCCCAACCUCAACCAGGCCCGGCGACACGGCCACGCCCGCCACGGCUUCAGCAGCUGGCUGGACGGCGCCCUCACGGAGGAGCAGCGGCGGGAUGUGCGCGAGGAUGCGGCGCGGAUCAUCCAGGCUGCUUGGAGAGCGUGGAAGCGGCACUGCGUGUGGGAUGUCAUGCGGCACGUGCGGAACUACGAGAUCGGCAAGUACGAUUGGAGCGAUGAUGAUUCAGUAGCGACGGAUGAGCUGCCGGACUGGUGGGGCGACAGCAGCGAGGAGGGCGAGGGGGAGGGCGAGGAGGGCGAGGGGGAGGGCAAGGAUGGAGCCAAGAAGAAGAAGGGCAAGAAAAAGCGUGGUGGCGGCGGCAAGCGGGGCGACCCCAAGAAGAAAGCCAUCCUCGCCGCCGUGGCGGGCGCCAUGGACGAAUCCAACAUGGGGGAGGCGGUAGCCACCGGCGCAACCAAGCGGAAGAAAAAGAAGAAGAAGAAGGCCGCCGGAGACGCGGGCGACCCGGCCGCGGAGGGGGAGGAGGGUGGCGAGGAGGGCGAGGGUGCGGAGGAGGGCGAGGUCGCAGAGGGUGCAGAGGGCGGAGAGGCUGUGGAGGGCGGAGAGGAGGGCGCCGCUGCCGCAGCCACCGGCGGCGGCGGCGGUGGGAAGAAGCGGAAAGGCAAACGUGGGAAGAAGAAUGCAGCGGGCGCGGCGGCUGGGGAGGCUGCUGCGGCGGAGGGAGCUGAGGGGGAGGAGGCGGGUGCAGGGGAGGAGGCAGGGCCUGCGGAGGAGGGCGCUAGCGAGGGAGCGCCGGAGGAGGUGGAGGCAGAGGCGGAGGAGAGCGUGCCCACGGUAGGGCGCAAGGGGAAGGGGCGGCGGAAGGGCAAGAAACAGGGCAACGCAGCUGCGUCCGUAACAGAUGAUGCCAGCACUGUCGGCGACGGCGGGGAGGCGAACGACUCCUCCGCGGAAGCUGGGGAGGCUGCGCCGCCGCCUGCGCCGGCGCCGGCGGAGGGCGGCAAGAAGAAGAAGCGGGGGAAGAAGGGCAAGGGCGCGGCGGAGGCUGCGGAGGCGGAUGUGGAGGACGAGGAGGAUGACGGGCUUGCGGCGGCCAUGGCGGCGGCGAGUGCGGCGCUGGCGUCGGUGGGGCGCUUGAAGGAUAAGCCGCCGUCGGAGCUGAAGUCCCAAGCAUCAGAAACAGCCGUAGGCCCUCCUCCCGCCGUUGCUGCUGCCUCCGCCCCCUCCAUCACCUCCGCUCCUCCAGCACCUGCUGCCCUCACCAUAGCCCCAGUCGCCCCCACCCCCGCCCCCCCGCCACCACCCCCACCGCCUCCUCCUCCACCUCCUGAACCAGUGCUCGAGCCUCCUCCUCCACCACCACCACCACCACCUCCACCCCAGCCCCCUACCCCAGCCCCUUCCUCCUCCCUCGCUCCAGCCGGGCCGCCAGGAUCUCCGCCGUCGCCGCCGCCACCCCCCACGCAUGCGCCUCCCUCCAUCAUCACCGCACGCCUGUCUGAACUCAUCGGCGGUCGGCGCCGCAGCAACGACGCUGCGGACGUCCUGCGUUCCGUCGCGGACACCGACCAAUCCGGCAGCUCCUCCUACCUCGUCACCCAGAUGCACCAUGGCGACGGCAGCGGCGGCGGCGGCUUUGUAUCCGAUGGCAGCGCCAACGGCGGCGGUGGCGGCGAGUCCAAGCGAGGCGGUGGCAAGAAGAAGUCGGGCAAGCCACGCGGCGAGGUGGCGAGCCGGAAGGAGUCCACGCAUGAGGUGUAUCCCUCCGCGGCGCGGCCGUUUAAGCUCAAAUCCAUGGAGAUGCCGGAUUGGAGCAAGGUGGGCCCCUCGGCGGACUUGUUUGAUGUCACCACGGACCCUGUGAAGCGAGCGGCGGUGCUGGCGAGGAUGGCACGGGAUGGCGGCCCCAAUUGGAAGCCACCAGGCGCCGUUGCGGACUGGUACUACAUGUCUCGGUCGCUGUACGACGGAGAUGACGUGGCGAAGCGCGCCGAGGCGCUGGCCAAGGUGGCGGUGUCGCAUGAGAACACCAUGUGGAGGCCGCCAGGAGUGAGUGUCACCGACUACCUGGCGCUGCACCGCCGCACGCUGGAAGGCGACCCGCCGCCGCCCCGCCGCUCCGAGCACGCAGCCAAGUCCGGCGGCGGGGCGCUCAACCUCCCCAUGUGGAGGCCGCCGGGAGUCGGGCCCGGCAUCCAAAACACCAUCGGCUAUGACACGGUUCCCUUCGAUGCGGAUCCGGAGCCCGAGAAGCGCCUGCGAGCCAGUGCUAACGUGGCUAACCCGGCAUGGAAGCCGCCCGGCGUCCCGCGUGUGGAGUACUACAAUUACUACUCCAGCCCGGCCACUGCCGUACAGAGCUCCGAAUCCAGUCAGAGCUCGGGAUCCGAGGCAGGAGGCGACGGGGGCGGGGACGGGGGCGGCGAGGGGCAGACGUCGGAGGAGCGAGCCGCGCGUCGGGCGGCUCGGCGGGAGGAGCGGCGAGCGCUGCGGGAGCAGAUGCGGGCGGCCAGAGCAGCUGGAGGGCUGUCGGCGGAGGCCUCCGGCAGCAGCAGUCUGGGUACCCGGGUUAACGCGCGCAAGCCCUGGCGCUUCACGUACGCGGUGGAGGAGGAGCUGUCGGUGCCGGUGAAUGGGCCGCCGCAGACGAAGGUCGAGGUGAUCCUGCGAGAUGACAAGGCGGGUCCGAGACCAUGGAAGUACACGGUCAUAGCGGAACCCGACCGUACGGUGCCGUACAACAUCUGGGGGCCGUACGUGGAUCCACAUGAGAUGCAGCGUCGACUGGGCAGGGAGGGGCUGCUGCAAACGGGUGCAGUAUCUGAAAACAGUUUCUCGCCAUCCCGGCUACGUCGUGUAGCCACAGCGCUCUCCCUCAGGGGCGAGCGCAGCGCCACCACAGGCGGCUACGCAGGUGCCAUGAGCCCCGAACAAAGCGACGACAUCGAGGACGCCGCCGGCAAUAACGGCGGCGGCGACGCCGCCGCACGUCGCGCCGGCGGCCGCAAGGCCUGGCCGCCGCUGCGUCGGAACCUCUCCAUGUCACAACUCGAGAUCCGCAUGCCCGGCGUACGGCGCAUGCUGUCCGCCCGUACACGUUCCAUGGGUGCCGUACUCGGCUUGUACGGCAUCCCCAGCCACAUUGUGCUGUCGCCGGAGGCAGCGGCGGCGGCGGCGAUGGCGGCGGAGGCGUCCGGUCUGUCGCUAGGAGCCCUCACCGACGGCAGCCUGAGUCGUACGUUGUUGAAUGAGCUGAGCGUGAUGGGCAGAUCGGCGCUAUCUGUGGGCUUGCGGCCUGGCGGGGGCUCGCAGAUGACGCUAACGGUCACGUCAAGGUCGGCGUCUCCGGCGCCGCUGAUGGGUGGGCUGUCCGGCGGCGGCAACGGCGCGCUGGACAGUAGCGACGAGGGCAGCGGCAGCGACGAAGGCAGCCUUGGCGAGGAGGCGCAGCGGAAUCGCAUGCCGCCGCGAACAGUGUCGUUUUUGAAGCGACCGGCGCCAGUGCCGUCGAUGCCAUCGGUCGCGUCGGCGACGGAGGUGGCGGCGGAAGCCAGCGGCGCCGCAGUCGAUGCCGCUGCCGACGGCGGCGCCGCCGCCGCCGCCGCAAGCGCUGAGGGGUCCGCCAUGCAGCUCCCAGCGGCGAGUGACUCCAUCGUGAUUAGCGAGGAGCUGCCGGUAGUGCCGUCGCUUGCGGCGACGGAGUCUUUAACGGCGGAGGCAAGCGCGGCUGGACCCAUGGGUCAGCCGUCGCAGCAGCCAGGUCAGGAAGCCUCGGGGGAGGCUGGCGAUGCGCAUUCCCCGUCGCCGACGCAGGCUGAACAAGAGCCUGGGCAGGAACCGUCGUCCGCUGCUUUACAAGGGGAGCCGUCGCAACAACAACAGGAGCUUCCAGCGGAUCCAUCAGCAGUGUCAUCAUCGUCGCCGCAGCAGCAACAACAACAGCUCGAGGCAGAGGCAUCGUCACAGCCGCUGCCGACGCCGCGGUCGCCCUCGCCAGAGCCUUCCUCCCUGCAAGGCCUGCAGUCCUUGGCUUCUGAGCACUCGCAGCUGCUGCAGUUCCCACAAGGACAACUGCAGCCGCAACAACAGCAGGACGAUACGACAGGCGCCGGAGCGCGUACGGAUAGGGAUUUGUCCAACGCCGCGCGGUACAGUUUGCCGUACAACGUUCCUGAGGAGUUCCGCCCCAUGCCUCUCAAUCCGCUACUCCUAGGCGACGGCGACCUCUCCCUGCUGUCAGCAACCUCUCGCAUGCACUGCUUCCCCUUAUACGUACCUGAUCGAAGCGGCUUCCGCCGGCGAUACCGCCGUCGCCGUACGUACGACGGCCCGACGGCGGAAGACAACCGCCAAGAUCGCAACGGCAAGAGCGGUAGCAAUGCCAACGGUAACACCGGUAGCGGCAACGGUCAAAGCAACGGGAGUGGCGGCGGCGACGGACCGUCGUCGUACAUUUCCCGUCGGGAAAGAGAGCGUAACGCUCACGCGCUUUACCCCCCAGCCCUGUCAGCCACCGCAACCGCCGCAGAGACUAAGCGGUUGUGCUCGGCACGCGGGAUCGGCGCGUUUACAACGGGCGGGAUCCAACCGUUUCCGUUGGAUCCAGCCUUCCUGAAAACCCUGCCACCUAGGUUGUUAUCGCAGCAAGGACAGCGAGUGCGAUCCGCUCCGGGAUCUCCCAAUAGCGGGACGUACAGCUUCCUGACCGGUACGGCACCUCACACGACGUUUAUAACCGGGGGGGACCAGUCUCUCACGAGCCCGCCGACGGGUGUGGGCAGCGGCGGUAUCGGCGAGGGCGGCCCGGGAUUGCCGUACAAUGCCGUUGACGAGAUGCCAACGGUGGCGGCGGCGGUUAGGGGGGCGGCGGAGGCUAUACCGCAUGUGACGAUUGUGAGUGCGAAUGCGGCGGCGGCGGCGGCGGCCGCUGCAGCGGCAGCGGCGGCGGCAGCGGCUGUGCAGCCCGCGCAACCAACGCAGCCGAUGAUGCUUAGCCGGGAGGAUUUGCCGCCUUUGCCGGCAAUCCUGAGGGAUCCAAGGGCUCGGGACUUCAUCAUGUCUCGGGGCAACCAGAUCGUGACGCAGCGACGGCUCGCGGCCAAGGGUGCCGUACAGCCUGACCCACGGGCCAUGUACGAACUCAUGUUCCUGGGGCGACGUGUACGACAACACCAGGAGCAGCAGUUUGUUGCCGGUACCAUUGCCCCUGGCGCCCCCGUUUCCGCCGCCGCCGCGCCCUCUGUCGUUGUUCCCGGCCCGACGACGGCGGUUGGGGUCGGUGCUGGCAUGAUGGGUGGCAAUGGCAAGCGACGUCGCGCCGCUGGCGGCGGUAGCGCCGCCGCCGCCGCGGCGGCCGCGGCGGCGACCGCCGCCGCCAUCAGCGGCGGCCUCGCCGAUGCCCACAACCGGGCGCAAGCCACACUGGCCGCCACGCUCUCCAUAACGCCUCGGCCGUACAGCGUACAGCACGGGACAGAGAUCACGUCGCCGUACAACGCAGUUCCGGCAACGCCGCCGACGUCAGCCAUGGACUGGUCCGGCAGUAGUAGCACCGAGCCAAUCCAGGGUUGGCAGAGUCUUCAACCGUACCAACAGCAACAACAGGCUCCCUACCCCUAUCCGUCGCACCUCAGUGCCGGCUCAGCUUCCACAUUCAAUCAGCCGCUUCCGCCGGUUAGGACCUCAACUGGGCAGAUGUCCGGCGGGGGGCUCAACGCCACUCUCUCUGCUCCUCUGCCGCCGCUGCCCCCCGGCGUGCACUCUUCCGCCGCCGCCGCCACCAGCAGCACGUCACCCGCUGACCUCUUGCGCCGCUCUUCCCCUUCAACGCCCGCAACCGCCGCACGCAGCGCCCAUUCAACCUACAGCCAAUACACAGUCUCCGUCACACCGCUUUCUAGCUGUACGACACCCCAUGAGGCCAGGGAGAGAGGUACGACACCACCCAACGGCGACGCCGCCGCCGCGGGUACGACGUUCGGGCGGCCCCUCUCCCGUCGCGAACCCUCCAUGAGCGCCACCGCCGCAGUCGAUCUGGGCACGUCUUUAGGAUCCGGGGUUGUACGGCAGCCCAGCCCAGCGGCGCUGACGCCGCCGCCGCAAUCGCUGUCUCAGCCGCUGCCGGGGCUUCUGUUGGGCAGUCGGUCCGGCAGUCGGGACGGCAGCGGCGGCAGCAGGGGGAGUCAGGGCAUCGCCACGUUGCAUGGGGACAUGGAGGCUGAGACAGGCAUGACGGCGCCGCCAGCGGUUGCUUUGGCGGGAAGCGGGAGCGCAAUCCCUGGGAGCCGUGGUUCCUCGGCAGGAGCGCAGGGCCUGGGUCCUGGCGCAAGUGAACUGGCCACGCCGGGAGGGCGGCCGGGUUCGAGCUCUACGGGCGUUGUAGGAGGGGGAGGAGCUACGGCAGCAGCAGCAGCGGGUAUUGCUGGCGCUGGUGCUGGGGCUGGUGCUGCUACUGGUGGUGGUAAUGGAGGAGAGGCCGCGGGGGUGGCGGGGAGCAGCACGGGCGCAUCUUUAGGGCUGGGGUUGGGAACAGGCGGCGUGGAGGUGACGGUGACGCCAUGGAGAGUGCUGCCGCCGCUGGUACCGCAGCUAGGCGUCACGCCCAUGCAGACUGCACACGCGGCCCAGCACCCUUACCAGCCGCAGCAGCUGCAUGCGCACCCGCACCCGCACCCGCAUCCCCCGCAGCCGCUGCUGUCCUCCCACAACUCCUCCUCCUCACAGCAGCCGCAGCUAUCCAUCAACCAGUCCUCGCAGCAUGCGACCCAGCAUCAGCAGCUUCAGCAGCAGCCGCAACCGCAGCUGCUGUUGCAGCAUCAACUCUCCGGCGCAUGGGGCCAGAGACUGACUCACACGCCAACAGGCCGCGGCGGCGUCUCGGCCGUCCAAGCAGCAGCCGCAUCGGGAGCAGCAGCAACAACAGCAAGCGCCGCUCCUGUUACUUCAACUCGACUGCCAGCCGUCAGUCGCCACACAAGCACCAAGGUAAUACAGCCUACCCCGCAGCAGCAACAGCAGCAGCAGCAGCAACAACAACCCACGGAUGCCGAGGCCGCGGUGUCGGCGGCGGCCGCGGCAGCGGCCGGCGGAGGCGGCGGCGGCUCUGCAAGCGCAGCGGCGGCGCAGCGGCGCAAGAGCAGAGGGCUGCUGCGCGUGGGUCGGGCACCACUGGGGGCCCCGUUGCAUGCGCGAGUGCCUGAGCGGCCCCCUAGCAGUGCCACUGGGAGCUAAGCAAGCAAGCGCGGAACUGAGGUGCUGCGGAGGUUUGUGGCGAUGUUGAGGUGGUGGCGAUAUUGGCUGGUUGGUUUGGGAUGGGUGCGAGUUGAGGGCGUGUACGACUGUGUGUGUAGGUAUGUGUACCGAUGUUUGCAUGCAGGCAAUACGCAUGGUGGUAGCAGGCGCAUUUGCUGAGUGGCCGCGUAGUUGUCUUCUUAUAGUGCAAAGGUCUGGGGUUCCCGAUGUGUUGAGGGUGAGCCCCAUGGAACGUGUUUUGCAGUUUUCUAUGGCUGGGGCUGUUUGCAGCGUGGAAGAGCCGCACUGCAAGCACCGUAAGGCCCCUGUAUUCAUGCCAAUUGCAGGUCAUAACGUGUGUUAAGGAAACCGGCCGCGAGUCCUGUGUGACGUGCUGUGCAGCUGGGCAGGGGGAUGGGCCGUACUUGUGUGGGGCUGCUGGGGCCUGUCAGCCGUGUGAUGUAUGUACAAAUUGGGUUGCAUGGUUGCGCUAUUCAUCGCCUGCACCUUAGCGAGCCCGUUUUUGUGCCCUUCAUGAACGAGCCAAGUCAGUGUGCACAUGUGUGAGACCCAUGCAUACUUGCUUACUUUCCCGAUGUGAGGAUUAGGGGAGGGAGCUUAUGCUCAUUCUGUUCGUAGGCAGACGACGCAAGUGACAUGGCAAAUGACCCGGUUGUGGGGUAGUUGGCGGAUUGACGACACGUUUGGACCGGUGGAUGACGAUAAUAGCGUAUAAGCCGGAUGAUGGCGUCAUGCAAUGUGUGUUGUAGGGCAAACGACAUAAGCUUACUGUUGAAUUUAGCAAGGCCCCCUGCCUCCCAUUAGGUUUGCUGGCCCCAUCAGAAGUAGCGUGACCCAUUGGGUGGUGUUCAACCACCGAGCCAGUCAUCAGCUGUACGGCGAGUGUUGGGGGUUGACAUGCGACCAGUGAAGGUUAGGCAUGUCCCGCGGAGUCUCACUAGAAGCAUGGGGGAAUUCGCAACUAAAUCCAUCACUCUGUGCGUUGGCACGCCCUAUGCUCGAGUUUUAACCCAGAAUUGUGGGCUGUGGCAGUGGCUUUUAAGUUCUAACUGUACGUCGGGCCAUAUACCUUACCGGUAUGUUGUCGGCGUAAACCCAUCUCAGCCUGCCGAAAGGGCAGCGCUGCGCUCGUUUGUGGUGGCCCAGGCUGCAGUCGGAUUCAUUGUGCUGUUGCCAAGGACGCACACGGAUGUUGCUUCUUGUGUCGGAAGGCGGUCCUCGUGUCCUGACGUCUCGGGCCUGCUAUGUACAGCUAUGCUAGCGACAUGUGGGAAGUGGGAUGCGGCUUGUACAUCCAAUUUAUCAGCGCCCAAGGGGGCAAAAGAACAUGUGGACGCCUGACAUACCCUGCAGCCGCGUUCGACAACGGCACUGAUGAAGGCGUCAUGUGGCUGUCAGAGGACUUGCCACCUGAUAAUUUCGGUGAAGCUCAGGUGGCCGGGUUGAAUAGCUUGCCGGAACCAGGUCCUCCAGGAUCGUCCUCAGGUCUAAGGGUUAUGGUGUUAUGGCCGUGGGACCGCAACCGUGAAUAGGGCGCUUGGACUAAAACAACCGUCGAACAUCCCUGACAAGGGCAAGGAUAUGCAGCG